AUGGAUUUAUCUGAUUUAUCAAAUAUUGCUAAUCCAGGUAAACACAGUUCCUUUCUCGUUUUGCUGGUUGCCAAUUUUGCUGAUGGUUAUGGUACGUUUCGAGAUAAAAUCCCAAACGGUCGAAAAGUACCACAUCCUUGUGAUCCGACAACCAUAUGGGGAGGUGUUGGACACGAGGCACAAGGUGGAGGAGGCCAAAGAAAUCCAUUUGGUCUGGACUUCUACAGAGAAGGCAAGACAUGGACUCCUGCUCUUUGCCAAAUGGAUUCGGAUGGCGAUGGUAAGACCAAUGGGCAAGAAUUAGGAGAUCCGGAUUGCGAGUGGACACCGAAUAAAGUAGCAAAAUAUAUCGUUGGACUGUCCCACCCUGGUGUAUGUGAACCCCUUGGUGACCCAAAAUGCACAGGAAAGAACGCUUUUCUGCAAUGUGACGACCCUCCAAAAUUCACCUGCGAUAUGGAAGAAGAUACUAUUAACCAAACAUUGAAAUUUCCAAGAACCACAGUGCCCCCUUGGGAAACAAAUUAUUACUGCAUGACCUUUGACCUCCUCACAGAUGGAGAUUACCAUCUUAUUGGUUCACAGCCUUUGAUUGACAAUGCCGAUGUGUUACAUCAUAUGAUUCUAUACGGCUGUAAAGACACAGUAUUCGCAACAACGACUCCCCAGAGCUGUGGCAUGAAAAAGCAAAACUGCGAUGAUAUGAUAGCGCUUUGGGCUGUGGGUUUUAAUGGUGAUUGCCUUCAUAAAGACAGUGGUUUUAGGGUUGGAGUAAAUGGAUACAAGAAAGCCAUAUUAGAGAUUCAUUGGAAUAACCCGGAUAAAAGGACAGACCAUAUGGACGGAUCUGGCAUGUAUAUAUUUUUAACUAAGACAAGAAGAAUCCAUAACACAGGAAUUUUGCUGGUUGGACAGAACUACAUUCGGAUCCCUCCACGCUCUCCUCGAGUUGUGGUGACAGCGAAUUGUUCCCGUACCGACACUUCACGAUUUAUUGUAAAUGGACCAGUCUACUUUACUCGUGCACUGAAUCAUAUGCACUACCUUGGUAGGGAAAUGAAGUUAGAAUAUUACAGGGAUGGAAAGAAAUUGCGGGAUUUGUCUUAUGAAACCGACUACAGUUAUGAUAGUCCUAAAACAUUCGAAUUUACAACACCUAUCGAGUUCAGACCCGGGGACGAAAUAAUCACGACGUGUGUAUUUUCCUCUAUGAACAUGAACAGAACUGUGUACAAAGGUGACGCAACUAAUGACGAAAUGUGUUUGGGAUUUCUCACCUACCACCCUAUGGAAAACCUCACUUUGACCACCUGUACACAGUGGCAAGACAUAAGCGAGAACUCUCUAAAUGCUUAUGGAGAUAAAGUUAUAAUUGUAAAUGGUUGUAAUACUACGGCGUUUAUCGAUGAUAAUCAUCCUGCCACUGCCGCUUUUAUAAAGGCCGUCUUCGAUAACUGUAAAAUGCUCUCAGGAUGUAUCCCAGAAUGCCGUGCCUUUUUAACAGAAGCAAUGAAAAAUCCAUGUGUAAAUGGCAGUGUGGGGGCUUAUUAUCGGGAGUUAGCUGUGGAAAAGAGGCAGCAAACACGUUUUUCUAUGUUUACAGCUCUCGAUUCAUGUAACACAGAGAUUGCCCGGGAGAAUUGCCAAGCUAAUUGUUUGGACACUUGUAAGGAAGAUUACAAACCAACAUCAGAAGCAAGCACAGCAACAUCAGCAACACUUAUGGCAUCAAUCUUAUUCACCAUCUUUUUGUGUUUAUAG